ACACCGAAAGCUGCUCCUGUGAAACCAGCCAAGCCGAGCCCAGCAGCCCCAGUGAAGCCCAGUGUAGUCACCCCCAGUCAGGCUAAAGCUGCUCCCAAGACUCCUGCUGCAGGAAAGAAAGCACAGAGCUCUGACAGCGACAGCUCCGACUCAGACAGUGAAGAGGAGGCUCCUAAGGUUAGUAAAAUAAUCCUACUAUAUAGAUUGCAACCCGUCCCAUUUACUGUACAACGCACAACAUUAUCUACUGUAGCUCAAUGAUGACAUAGGAACUGCAGUAGACCAUAGACACCAGAAGUCAUUACUGCUGUGAUAGUCUCCAGCGCUGCAUUUGCUCUCUCCCCUCAGAAAGUGACACCUAAGACCAAGCCGGGGGCAGCUGCUCCACUUAAGGCUGUAGCAGUGAAAACACCAGAACCAGUGAAGUCCAGCAAACCAGCUAUCACUCCCUCAAAACCAGCAGAGAGCUCAGACAGUGACAGCAGUGAGGAUGACAUUCAUCUCACACAGGUUAAAGAAUACUCUUGCACUAUUUAGAAUGUGCAAACAGCAUUUUUCAGUGGAAUCAUGUCUCGAAAAUGUACAACUUUAAUGUUGUUUAUUGACACUGGUCUGUGUGGAUUUGUGUUUCAGACUCCUGCUAAAGUCAUAAAGGCAGCUCCCAGUAAGAUUCCAGCCACCCCUACAGCAGAGAGUUCAGACAGUGACGACUCAGACACUGAAGAGGAGGUUACUGUCAAGGUAUGUCACACAUGAGAAGUAGUCAUUAAACCAGUUCCCCUUGUCACUAAGAAAAACUAAUAUUGAGUUGGUUUUAUUCCUGAUAUAAUACCUUGAUAUAAUUAUUUGUUUCAGAAACCUGCACUGACACCCAAAGCUGCUCCUGUGAAACCAGCCAAGCCGAGCCCAGCAGCCCCAGUGAAGCCCAGUGUAGGCACCCCCAGUCAGGCUAAAGCUGCUCCCAAGACUCCUGCUGCAGGAAAGAAAGCACAGAGCUCUGACAGCGACAGCUCCGACUCAGACAGUGAGGAGGAGGCUCCUAUAAAG